ACUCAUAAAUAUAUAGGUUAAAAUAUUGUCACUAAAAUAAUAAUAUAGUUUAUUAAAUACAUAUUAAAAUAUAGUUUAUUUAAUAAAAUUAACACAAACAAUUAUAAAUUAUUAUAUUUAAGAAAACUAGUUUUAAAUACGUAGUAAAUAAUGAACUAUCGUAUUACUUAAUAGUUUACCCAUAAGCAGUUAAUACCACCACCAAAACCAAUUAAUUAGAGACAAUUAUUAAAACAUAAAUAAAUAAAUAAUAACAACAAUAAGAAUAAUUAAAAUAAAGUAAAUAUUAUGGCUGAUCCUUCGAGCAUUAAUGAAGCUAUUAUUCAAAUAAAAAAAUUAUUAUGGGGUAAUAGUGUUAAGGAAGAAGUUUUCAAUCGUUGGGCACAAGGUUUCAUAUUUUCUGAGGAUGAACCAACGGCAUUGGUACAGUUGGAAGGGGGACCGUGUGCAGUAAUAGCGCCGGUACAAGCAUUUAUAAUAAAAGAUUUAUUACUACAAGGAGCGCCAAACACAUGGAGAGAUAUAACGAGUGAUAAACAGGAUGCUCUGCUUGUUAAAGCGGCAUUAGAAAUAAUAUCACAGGCUGCUGAUGACCCACCCUAUUAUUCGCUAGUUCAUAUCGUUCAUAAUCGUAAUGAUGAUGAUCAGGACGACGAUGAUAAUGACGGUGAUAACGAUGGCGAUGGUGAUGGAGACAGAGAUAGAGAUAGGGAUGGAGAUGGAGAUGGGGAUGACAUUGAAGCUCAUGACAAAGACUCGGAAUAUUUUCACUCGAGGCUGAGGAUAGUGGAGACCAGGAGCUUGGACGAUGUUGAGAAAUGGCUCACUUCGAGAAUUGAUAUGUUUAAGGAACAGUUUGGUGUUUUGUUGCUGCUCUAUACUGUUGUUUGUACCAAAGGACUUGAGGGCAUGGUCAAUGAAAUGUCGGACCCAAGUGAUCCGGCCAUUGACUCUACUUAUGGCUAUGGGAGUCAGAGUUUGAUUAAUCUCAUGCUCACUGGACGGGCUGUUGGACAUGUUUGGGAUCAUGACCAAAAUGUUGGUGGUCUUGAAUUACGUGGAAUUGACAAGCAGAAUGCAGUAGGCUUUUUGGCAUUUCUCGAGCAUUUGCGUUUCUGUGAAGUCGGUACAUUUCUAAAGUCUCCAUCGCACCCAGUUUGGGUUCUAGGAUCAGAGACGCACUUGACAGUGUUAUUUUCAACUGAUCGACGUCUUGUGAGCCCGGAAACUCCCGCUGAACAAGCGAGACGUAUUUUUAAAAAAUUUGACCCUGAGGGUAAUAAUUUUAUACCAACAAAUUUGUUGCAAGAUGUACUUGCGGAAUUGGGAUUAGUCGCUGAUACUGAAUACGUUGACAUAAUGAGGAAAAAAUUAGAUAGUGAAUCAUUGGGUAUAAUAUUAUUAGCAUCAUUUAUGGACGAGUUUUUUCCUGAAGAGCCACAGACAUGUCCAGAUACGUUUCCGCUGUUACAUUACAAUGGAUUGCCACGUAGUAAUCCCGACAAUCGUAUUAUUUAUCAUACCGGUGAUGCUGUGUUACUUGAGUGUACAGUUAAUUGUAUUUUAGACAGUAAUCCAAUGCUGACGGUAUUACAAACCAAAUGGCCGAGCAUUGAAGUGCAGUGGAAUGGUAACAUAACACCUAGCUUAAAUUAAAUUAAUUUUAUUUUAAUUAUUAAUUAUUAUAUUAAAUUCUCUUCAUUGUUGUAAACAAAACUUUUUCUUUUUUUUUUACAAAAAAAAAAAAAAUUCAAAUGAUAAUGAAAAACUUAUUGUUUGAUUCAGUCCUAUUUUUAGUUUAACAUAAAUAUAAAUAAAACAAAAUAUAUAAAAUGAAAAUAAAUUAAUGUAAGUAGCGAUUAUCACAAGUUUUAUUAAAUAAUUCAUUGGAAUGUAGAGAUUUAAAGAAAAGAAAUAAUUAUAAGUAUGGAUGCCUUUUUUUU